AUGGCAAAUCAAACAGCAGCAACAGCAAGAUUUUCCUCAAUUCCGGCAAUCCAUUCAUUCGAUCCUCGUAAUUCCACAUGGCAAUCGUACCGUGAUAGAAUUAACUUCUACUUCAAAGCCAACAAAAUCGUCGACGAUGACGACAAGAAAUCUUUAUUCUUAUGGUCAAUCGGCGAUGCAACAUAUGGUCUUUUGGAAUCAUUAAUGGCACCAAGUCUUCUGACCGAUGAAAAUGUGGAAUAUGAUAAUCUAAUUAGGAAAUUAGAUUCACAUUAUGACGCAACCAGGAACAUUAUGACUGCCACCUAUGAUUUCUACUCGUGUCAUCAAAAGCCAGGCCAACCAUUCUCAGAAUGGAAGGCCGAGCUCUGUGAGAAACUUCGUCAUUGUGGUUUCAACGCAUCAGUGUUGAAAAAUCGACCACAAGAUCGUGCACUCAGGGAUGCUUAUGUAAUGGGUGUGAAUAAUCCUAAAAUUCGACAAGCUCUUCUCAAAGAAGAAGAUCCUGAUCUUGCUGCUACAGAAAAAAUUAUCCAAUUAGCUGAACGACUCGAACAUGAUGUUAGACAAUUCAGUUCAUCGAACAAUUCUGUUUUACCAACGGUGGCGAAGGUUCAACAAAAGAAAUUCACAAACCAACAACCAUCAUCAAAUGGUAAAUCAUCUUCAACAACCACAUCUGACUCAUGUCAAUCAUGUGGAUCAACAACGCAUUCGCGUAGUGAAUGCAAGUAUCGUACGUAUGUUUGCAAUUUCUGCAAGCGAACCGGUCAUCUGGAAAAAGUGUGCUUGAAAAAAAAGAAUGGGAAGAAUAUGCCGAAGCGAAAUCAAUCAACACAUCAAUUGAAACGUGUUAGCUGGAAUAAAUCCAGUUCAACACCAAUGACAUUGUCAUUGAGCAUCAAUGAUCGAGAUUUUGUUUUCGAUGUUGAUACAGGUUCUGAUCAUACGAUUGUUAGUUCAAAUGAUUGGAAACAAUUAGGUUCACCAAAACUUCGUACAAGUUCGUUGAAGCUUGAAUGCUACAGUGGAAAGCAAUUGGAUAUUCAAGGUGAAUGUGAUGUACAAGUCGAGUAUCAACAGCACAAAUUCAAUCUUACCAUGGUGGUUAUCAAACGAACAGGAUCACCGCUUCUAGGUCUUCAUUGGAUUUCAACAAUGAAACUUGAUUUAAACAGUUUGGUGCAUGGUCGGAGUGGCAGCAGUCAAAACGUGAAGAAAAUCUAUAGUCAAGUCAAGCUGAAGGUGAUUUUGGACAAGUACAAACAAGUAUUCAACAAGGAUUUAGGUCACUGCACAAAAGUUCUUGCACACAUACAAUUGGUACCGGAUGCCGUACCAAAGUUCUACAAGGCGCGUCCACUACCGUUCGCGUAUCUCGAUGGAGUGAAAGAAGAAAUCCAAAGACAGGUGUCGAAUGGUAUUCUAGAACGAAUAGAUACAUCACAAUGGGCUGCACCCAUUGUACCUAUUCGUAAACCUUCAGGAAAAAUCCGCAUUUGCGGAGACUAUAAGAUGACAGUAAAUUCACAGAUGCUCAUCGAUCAACAUCCCAUACCCAACAUUGAUGAACUUCUUACUCGAUUAAACAAUGGCGAAAAGUUCACCAAAUUAGAUCUGACGGAUGCUUAUUUACAAGUGGAAUUGGACGAUAACAGCAAACAAUUGGUAGUCAUCAAUACGCCACUUGGAUUGUUCAGGUAUAAUCGCAUGCCAUUCGGCAUAGCGAACGCACCGGCGAUUUUCCAACGUAUCAUGGAUCAAGUCCUCUCUGGUAUACCGAACACCAUCGCCUACUUGGACGAUAUAUUGAUCACUGGAAAGAACGAAGACGAACAUUUCAAAACAUUGGAAAUGGUCUUGGAGAAACUCGUUGAUUUUGGUCUUUGUUGUAAUAUGGACAAAUGCUCAUUCUUCGAAGACGAAGUCGUUUAUCUUGGCUAUAUUAUCAAUUCAAAUGGUAAACAACCGGAUCCCUCUCGAGUUACAACAAUUCAAAAUUUACCAGUACCAAAAGACGUCAAACAAGUAGAAGCAUUUAUCGGAAAAAUAAACUACUAUGGAAAAUUCAUUCAAAAUUUCUCCAAUUUAUGUAGUCCGUUGAAUCGGCUGAGACAAAAAGAUGUGAAAUGGAACUGGGAUGCUUCUUGUCAAAAAGCAUUUGACGUAUUGAAGAAGCAAUUGUCUGAAGCAACACUACUGGUACAUUUCGAUCAACAUCUUCCACUUAUACUGGCUACCGACGCAUCUAAUUAUGGAAUCGGGGCCGUACUCAUGCAUCGAUAUUCGGAUGGAUCUGAGAAGCCGAUAGCUCACGCAUCGAAAACUCUCAAUUCAGCUGAGCGAAGCUACAGUCAAAUCGAGAAAGAAUACUAG